UUUGUGGGAGGACGAAAAGUCUAAUUUUAGUAAAAAUGUAAUAAGAUUUGAACUCUGUAUAUUAAACCUCUGAAGCUGAUUCAGUUUCUCAGGGUGAGUGGAUGAGAGAGGGUUGAAGGAUGGAAGAGACGGAUUCAAUAUUAGAAGGGACUGAUGAUGCAGAUGAGAGAUUAAAGGUUUUCAUUCUUUCCUCAGUCUUUAUCCUCAGCACCAUCCUUAUCGUCAUCAUCUGCCUUAGUUUCUUCUUGGCUUGCAAUCAACCAAACCUGGAAAGCUUAAACCAGGAAAACAAGAUCUCAUCAGAUAAUUCAGUUCUCUAUUCUCCAGGUAUCCUAGAUGCUACCGGAACACUGGAACCUAAACUAUGUCCAGUCCAUGGAACUCUGAUGGAGAUCAUACCUACACCAGAAACGGUUUGUGAGAUUCAGAAUACCCAACAGUGGAGGAAGGAUAAAAUCCGUCCCGUUCAAUCUCUCCAACCUCUCUCCGUCUUUAAUCUUCUUCCUCAAACUCACCCUGCUGAACAGUGAACAUCUCUUCUCCUCCAACCCUGCUGAACAGUGAACAUCUCUUCUCCUCCAACCCUGCUGAACAGUGAACAUCUCUUCUCCUCAAACCCUGCUGAACAGUGAACAUUUCUUCACCUCAAACCCUGCUGAACAGUGAACAUUUCUUCACCUCAAACCCUGCUGAACAGUGAACAUUUCUUCACCUCUAACCCUGCUGAACAGUGAACAUUUCUUUACCUCCAACCCUGCUGAACAGUGAACAUUUCUUUACCUCCAACCCUGCUUAACAGUGAACAUCUCUUCUUCUCCAACCCUGUUGAACAUUGAACAUCUUUUUCUCCUGCAACCCUGCUCUGAACAGUGAAAAUUUCUUCACCUCCAACUCUGCUAAACAGUGAACAUUUCUUCUCCUCCAACCCUGCUGAACAUUGAACAUCUCUUCUCCUCCAACUCUGCUGAACAUUGAACUUUUCCUUCAACCCUACUGAACAGUGAACGUCUCCUCCAACCUUGCUAAACAGUGAACUUCUUUUCCAACCCUGCUGAACAUUGAACAUCUCUUCUCCUCCAACCCUGCUGAACAUUGUACAUCUUUUCUCUUCCAACCCUGCUGAACAGUGGAUAUCUCUUCACCUCCAACUCUGCUGAACAUUGAACAUAUCUUCUCCUCCAGUAAUGCUGAACAGUAAACAUCUCUUCUCCAACCCUGCUGAAUAGUUAACUUUUCCUUCAACCCUACUGAACAGUGAACGUCUCCUCCAACCUUGCUAAACAGUGAACUUCUUUUCCAACCCUGCUGAACGUUGAACAUCUCUUCUCCUCCAUCUCUGCUGAAUAGUAAACAGCUCUUCUCCUCCAACCCCGCUGAAUAGUAAACAGCUCUUCUCCAACCAUGCUGAACCUCCCAGUCCGUCUGUGCUCAUAUAUCGUUUCUUACGUAAUAAUCCUACGUAAUCUUUUAUUCAUGUUUAUCAGAACUUAAUUUUUUUAAACUCCUCUCAAAACCUUUUCAUCUUAUUCUACUCCUGUUUUAUUUAAAUUUCCUUCCAACAAUCCUUCUAUCCUUCUCGCUUUGUCCUUGUCCUAUUGUAUCUUUGCCUUAUCCUUGUCUCAAGCCUACAUACUAUCCUACACAUUGUGAUACUUCUCUCUCACUCACAUGGUUCUUUUUACUUAUAUAAAUACAUCUAUGUUUAACUUAAAAAGAUUAAAAUUCCUGAGCUCGCUAUCUUUUCUCUUUUAAGUU